GGAGGCCGGGGCAGAGGGCGAGGGCGGAGGGCGCAGGCGGCGGAGGCCGCAGAAGAUGAGCAGCAGCUGCUCAGGGUUGAGCAGGGUCCUGCUGGCCGUGGCUAUAGCCCUAGUGUCCGCUGCCUCCCCCUGUCCCCAGGCCUGGGGCCCCCCAGGGUUCCAGUAUGGGCAGCCUGGCAGGUCCAUGACACUGUGUUGCCCUGGAGUGACUGCUGGGGCCCCGGUGUCCUGGUUUCGGGACGGGGAGACAAGGCUGCUCCAGGGACCUGACUCUGGGCUAGGGCAUGAACUGGUCUUGGCCCGGGCAGACAGCACUGACGAAGGCACCUACAUCUGCCGGACCCUGGAUGGUGUACUUGGGGGCAUUGUGACGCUACAGCUGGGCUACCCCCCAGCCCGCCCUGUUGUCUCCUGCCAAGCAGCUGACUAUGAGAACUUUUCCUGCACUUGGAGUCCCAGUCAGGUCAGCGGUUUACCCACCCGCUACCUCACCUCCUACAGGAAGAAGACCGUACCAGGAGCUGAUGGCCUGAGGAUGAGUCCAUCCACAGGACCCUGGCCAUGCCCCCAGGAUCCCCCAGGGGCUGCCCGCUGUGUAGUCCAUGGGGCCGAGUUCUGGAGCCAGUACCGAAUAAAUGUGACUGAGGUGAACCCCCUGGGGGCCAGCACACGCCUGCUGGACGUGAGCUUGCAGAGCAUCUUGCGCCCUGACCCUCCCCAAGGGCUUCGCGUCGAGUCGGUCCCUGGCUAUCCCCGCCGCCUGCAUGCCAGCUGGACGUACCCUGCCUCCUGGCCCCGCCAGCCCCACUUUCUGCUCAAGUUCCGACUGCAGUACCGUCCAGUGCAGCAUCCAGCCUGGUCCACGGUGGAGCCGGCUGGAUUGGAGGAGGUGAUCACGGAUGCUGUGGCUGGGCUGCCCCACGCUGUACGGGUCAGUGCCAGGGACUUUCUGGAUGCUGGCACCUGGAGUGCCUGGAGUCCUGAGGCCUGGGGGACUCCAAGCACCGGGCCCCUACCGGAAGAGAUACCAGCUGGGGGACAGACACAGAAGCAGCUGGAGGAGGAGCCUCAGGCAGACAGCCCUGCUCCCCCAGGCCCUCCCUCCUGCCAGACCCACGGCCACUUGGUAAACCACAGAGACCCCCUGGAGCAGGUAGCAGUGCUGGCAUCUUUGGGGAUCUUCUCUUUCCUGGGACUGGCAGCUGGGGCCCUGGCACUGGGGCUCUGGCUGAGACUGAGACCAGCUGGGAAGGAUGGACCCCAAAAGCCUGGGUUCCUGGCUCCAGUGAUUCCAGUGGACAAGCUUCCAGUGAACCUGGAAUCAGAAGGAAUGGAACAGUCCUGGAACCCAGCUUCCUGGCAGGCCUUGGUGUGAAGAGCAGAAACUGAGGACCACGUCUGGAAACCUGUUUCAGGGGCUUCCUUGUGGGGAGGAGCUUGGCAAGGAAAAGGGAAGCAAGAUGAUGAGGCCCAGGUGACAGAGGAGGUGAUUGGGAGAGGAAGAGACUGGUUACUCUUCACCCUCCCCCCCAAGACAACAGUACCCUACAGCCAUCAAUGAGAAGGAGAUAGGAACAAAAAGGCACCAAAAAUGUUCCUGGGAAUUGGGUAUUGGUUCACCAAGAGACAAAGUCCUCAGAGUUGUUAGCAUCACUCAGAGGUGGGGGUGGGGUGGGCAUAAGGGUUAGGGCUUGAGGGACUUUUGGGUGGGAAGACCACAGCCCUGACUAGAAUUCAGGACGCCUAUCCCCAGUGUCAUAGCUUUAGUGUUUCUUUCCUUUCCAUCCACGUACACUGUCCUCUUCUUCCUCUGGAAACCCAGACUAAAGGAGAUAGAGCCUCUAGAGAGAAGGGCAGCCAGAGAACCCAGGACCCAUCCGGGUACUGGCAUAUUCAGGAAUAGCAGGGGCACAGGCACAUCUAUAUUACACGGGUGCACACCUGGGACAUGGCCACACCCACACCACACAAGUCCAUGUAUAGAUUGCACAGGAAUGUGCACAAUGCACAGGUAUACCGACGCUACACAGGAACACAAUCACAAGGGCACACCCAUUUGGCACAUGUACACUCUAGGACCUGGGUGUUGACCUGAACUCACAGUCUCCUUCACAGACUCCCUAAUCCCUCCUCUGCCCCUCAUGUUACCAUUUUA